GUUCAGCAUGUGGAGAACAUGGAGGUGACAGGUCCAAGCCACAGGGUUCAGCAUGUGGAGAACAUGGAGGUGACAGGUCCAAGCCACAGGGUUCAGCAUGUGGAGAACAUGGAGGUGACAGGUCCAAGCCACAGGGUUCAGCAUGUGGAGAACAUGGAGGUGACAGGUCCAAGCCACAGGGUUCAGCAUGUGGAGAACAUGGAGGUGACAGGUCCAAGCCACAGGGUUCAGCAUGUGGAGAACAUGGAGGUGACAGGUCCAAGCCACAGGGUUCAGCAUGUGGAGAACAUGGAGGUGACAGGUCCAAGCCACAGGGUUCAGCAUGUGGAGAACAUGGAGGUGACAGGUCCAAGCCACAGGGUUCAGCAUGUGGAGAACAUGGAGGUGACAGGUCCAAGCCACAGGGUUCAGCAUGUGGAGAACAUGGAGGUGACAGGUCCAAGCCACAGGGUUCAGCAUGUGACAGGAGAACAUGGAGGUGACAGGUCCAAGCCACAGGGUUCAGCAUGUGGAGAACAUGGAGGUGACAGGUGA